AUGUAUUUGAACAAUGAGUUUAAACACACAAUGGAUGCUGUAAUACCGGCAGUUUUAAUAACUGAUUGGUUUUACUAUCAAGCAUGCUUAUCUGUUCACUUUCGGCUCCACACUGGUGAGCGGCCGUACCAAUGUACCAUAUGCCAUAAGUCAUUCACACAACUGGGUCAUGUGCAAAGACAUCAAAAAGUAACGGACUUUUUUAUAUUGUUUCAUACUGGUGAGAAGCCGUACCAGUGUGGUAUAUGCCAUGCUAGAGUUCGUGACAAAGCAUCUAUGAGGUAUCACAUACAAGCCCAUAAAGGUGUCAAGCCGUUUCACUGUGAUCAGUGUGAUGCAAGGUUUACAAAGAGGUCAAGUCUUGUGAAACAUAAAAAUGUCCAUACUGGUGAAUACAUGCACCAAUGUCAACAGUGUAAGGCAAGCUUCAGAGAAAAGGCAAGUCUAAGUCGCCAUAAACGAUGCCAACAUAGUCAACAUACUGAUGAAUAAUCAACAUGCUGUUAAGGUUACCAUGCAAACUGUUAUGAAAUAAUAGCAUUUAAAAGAAUUUAAUGUAUUCUGUAUGGUUGAGAUCCUACAGUGUAACACGCUAUAAGAACGCUUGAACUUAAGUCAAAGUAGGCCCAU